AUGGCGGGUUCGGGGAUCUCAGCUCUGACCCUCCUCCUGCUCAUGCAGGGUUCAGUAGAUGGGAAUGGAAUCCAGGGAUUCUUCUACCCAUGGAGUUGUGAGGGAGAUGUGUGGGACCGGGAGAGCUGCGGGGGCCAGGCGGCAAUCGAGAACCCCAACCUCUGCCUGCGUCUCCGCUGCUGCUACCGGGAUGGAGUCUGCUACCAUCAGCGGCCCGAUGAGACGAUGCGUCGGAAGCAUAUGUGGGCGCUGGGUUGGACGUGUGGCGGGCUGCUGCUCCUCAUCUCCACCAUCUGCUUGUUCUGGUGGGCCAAGCGCCGGGAUAUGCUGCACCUCCCCGGGUUCCUGAAGGGUCAGUGCAACUUGUCGAGGACUGUCUCGCUGCUGUCGAAGGAGAAGACAUCGUCCUCAGCAGAGAAGAAGACACCAUCCGUGGGCAGUGUGCCUGUGUCCCAGCCUGCGGAGAGCGUCCUGGACGCCUCGGCAGGCACCGAGGGGGAAGGGGAGACAGAAGGGGGUGAAGAGGAAGAGGAAGACUAGGGGCACCCCCUAGGGGGAUCCCACAAUACAAUAUAGCUCAUGGAAGCCUGGUCUCUUUUCUGGGAGCCGUGGGGAGCAGGAGGCACUGUGAGAACCUCCUGCUCUAUGGCAGGUGUGUGUGUGUUGGAAGGGGCCAGAGGAGCAGAGCUGAGGGGGAGGCUUGGGAUAAUGGGGGGCCCGGGUUAUGAUCAUGCUAGGGUAUGGUAAGGCAGUUGCCCUAGGCUGAAUGGAGGGCCUGACCUGAGGGGGAUCUGGAAUGAGGGGAGUCUGGGAGAGGAGUGGGGGGAUCUGAGCUGAGGAGACGUGGGCUGAAUGGGGGACCUGAGCUGUGAUCAUGACGGGGUAUGGGCUAUGGGGAGUGUUCUAGGCUGAAUAGGGGGCCCAGGCUGUGGUCAUGGGGGGUGUGGGCUGAAGGAAGUUGUCUCAGGCUGGAUGGGGGGGGGCC